UCCUAUUUAUUGGUGAGAUCUGCCUCCCUCCCUGUCCGUGGUGCGGGUGUUUAAUCCCGGGAAAAGUGCAGCCCUCCAGCCAUGGUGGUUUUCAAUGGCUUGCUGAAGAUCAAGAUCUGCGAGGCGGUGAACCUGAAGCCCACGGCGUGGUCGCUGAGGCAUGCGGUGGGUCCCAAGCCRCAGACCUUUUUGCUGGACCCCUACAUAGCCCUCAACGUGGACGACUCACGCAUCGGGCAGACCUCGACCAAGCAAAAGACCAACAGUCCCGCCUGGAAUGAUGAAUUUGUCACCGACGUUUGCAACGGCAGGAAGAUUGAGAUGGCUGUUUUCCACGAUGCCCCCAUCGGGUAUGAUGAUUUUGUAGCUAACUGCACUAUACAGUUUGAGGACUUGCUGCAGAAUGGGAGCCGCCACUUCGAGGACUGGAUUGACUUGGAGCCAGAAGGGAGAGUAUAUGUCAUCAUAGACCUUUCAGGAUCAUCAGGUGAAGCCCCCAAGGACAAUGAAGAACGUGUGUUCCGGGAGCGCAUGCGCCCCCGAAAGCGCCAGGGCGCCGUGCGACGCAGAGUGCACCAGGUUAACGGACACAAGUUUAUGGCCACCUAUCUUAGACAACCAACAUAUUGUUCACACUGCAGAGAUUUUAUAUGGGGUGUAAUAGGCAAACAGGGAUACCAAUGUCAAGUUUGCACUUGCGUAGUCCACAAGAGAUGCCAUGAACUUAUAAUAACGAAGUGUGCUGGCUUAAAAAAACAGGAAACUCACGAUGAGCAAGUGGGAUCCCAACGUUUUAGUGUCAACAUGCCUCACAAGUUCAGCAUUCACAAUUACAAAGUGCCCACCUUCUGUGACCACUGUGGUUCAUUGCUCUGGGGUCUUUUGAGACAAGGUUUACAAUGCAAAGUUUGCAAGAUGAACGUACAUCGACGCUGUGAAAACAAUGUGGCACCAAACUGCGGAGUGGAUGCUAGAGGCAUCGCUAAAGUUCUUGCAGAUCUUGGAGUCACUCCGGAUAAGAUUACUAAUAGCGGGCAGAGAAGGAAAAAGCUGAUUGCAGGUGCAGAGACUCAGCAGCAAGUUCCUGGGACUGCAUCAACAGAGGAUGAUAGGUCAAAGUCAGCACCAACUUCUCCRUGUGAUCAAGAAAUCAAAGAGCUGGAAAACAAUAUUAGGAAAGCGUUAUCAUUUGACAAUCGAGGAGAGGAACACAGGGCAGCAGCUACAGCAUCAACAGACAACCAGCUUAAAUCUGGGGAGAAUGGUGAAAAUGGGGAGCUCAAACAAGCCCAGACCAAGCGAAUAGGCCUUGAAGAGUUCAACUUCAUCAAAGUAUUAGGGAAAGGCAGCUUUGGCAAGGUCAUGUUAGCAGAGCUAAAAGGUAAAGAUGAAGUGUAUGCAGUGAAAGUCUUGAAGAAAGAUGUUAUUCUUCAGGAUGAUGAUGUAGAUUGUACGAUGACAGAAAAGAGGAUUCUGGCAUUAGCACGGAAACAUCCAUACCUAACACAACUCUACUGCUGCUUCCAAACAAAGGACCGCCUCUUCUUCGUCAUGGAGUAUGUAAAUGGAGGAGACCUAAUGUUUCAAAUCCAGCGCUCACGCAAAUUUGACGAACCUCGAUCCCGCUUUUAUGCAGCAGAGGUUACAUCAGCCCUCAUGUUUCUCCAUCAACAUGGCGUCAUCUACAGGGACCUGAAACUGGACAAUAUUCUUCUGGAUGCUGAAGGCCACUGCAAGCUGGCUGACUUUGGAAUGUGCAAAGAAGGGAUUCUGAACGGAGUGACAACCACCACCUUCUGUGGCACGCCUGACUACAUAGCUCCAGAGAUCCUCCAGGAGUUAGAAUACGGCCCGUCAGUGGACUGGUGGGCUCUGGGCGUUCUCAUGUAUGAAAUGAUGGCUGGGCAGCCCCCCUUCGAAGCUGACAAYGAAGAUGAUCUCUUUGAAUCCAUCCUUCACGACGACGUCUUGUAUCCCGUCUGGCUCAGUAAAGAAGCCGUCAGCAUUUUAAAAGCCUUCAUGACAAAAAACCCCAACAAGCGGCUUGGCUGUGUGGCAUCACAGAACGGGGAAGACGCCAUCAAGCAGCACCCGUUUUUCAAGGAAAUCGACUGGGUCCUUCUGGAGCAAAGGAAAAUCAAGCCACCCUUCAAACCUCGGAUUAAAACCAAAAGGGAUGUAAAUAACUUUGAUCAAGACUUUACGCGAGAAGAACCAGUAUUAACGCUAGUGGACGAGACAAUUAUAAAACAAAUCAAUCAAGAGGAAUUUAAAGGGUUCUCUUAUUUUGGAGAAGAUCUACUGCCAUAGACAACAUUAGGCUGACAGAGGAAUGAUGCUGCAAGAAAUGAUUCUGAAGAGAUCGUCAAAUUACUGAGACUCAGUAGAUCAAGAACUACUUCUCUUACCCUGAGCCCAUAUCCCCAAUUAAACUAUAUAUUUAUUGUUUUUUUUUCUUUAAUCUUCUGACCUGAAAGCACUCUUAAUUUCUGUCUCACAAAGCAAUGCAAAUGCAAAACAUUUUUGUAUCAGAAAUUGUAGAUGUAACACACUGCCAUAUAUUUGCAACUUUUCUUUUGUUCCUAAGAUCUCACCAGAGGACAAAAUUGCAUCCUUUGCAUGGAAAAUGGAACCUUGCUAUUAAAAGUGAUUUGGCACAUCAUGUUAUUUAACUGUCCUACAUACUUAAACUAAGAAGGUGAGAACGAUUUUGCUCGCACUGGUGAUUACGGUGAGAUCUGUACUCAGAUAUGGAAUAUAUAAGUAAUAUAUUGCCUUCUGGUAAGUGAAGAAGUCUACCUUCUUGGAGGUGGGAUUAUUGAUUGAGAAUGUUUUAUUGAGUGGAGAUUCAAACAUGAAAUAUAAUGGCCAAAAAAAAAGCACAGCUAAUUAAGGCCUUUGAUAAAAUUCCUUUUAAAAUUCAUGAAAAAGUUUUUAUGGCAUAAAUCUCACAGAUUUAACUGAAAUUUUAUUUGCAGUAGGAAAUCAGAUCCCGUAUGGAUAGCUAUUAAAGGGCUAAAGAAUAAAAAGCCUAUAGUACUUUAGCACAGCUAUAGGUAGGCAUUUUACCGUUUUUCAGGCAACUGAGUGUACUAUCCAUGCUACAAUUUUAAUAUCCAUUCAAACAAACCAUUAAUGUGAUGGCAAUGUUGCAAAUGUUUACAAUUAAUUUUUUAUAAAAUUAAUUAUAAACAUUUUGUAGAUCUGCCUUGUAACUAAGUUGAUAGUUUCUUAUUUAUAUUUAUUUUUCUCAGCAGUGUGUUACUUUUGCACACUUUUACAAAACCAUAAUACUACUGUGUUYGUUGUUUUUUAUGUUUAAAAUCUAAUGAGAAAUCUGCUUUUAGAAGACACAAAAUAAGGCUUACACAUGCAUUAUGUGGAAAUGCGUUAAAAAACUGAAGAUCAAACAUUCACAAACUGACAUUAUUGAAAGCUGUAAAUCGAUUUUCUUGUGUAUUAAUUGAAACGGUAACUCAUGUGGACAAUAUUACUAAUGUGAAGUUACCUCCUGUAGAUACGCUAACAGUGUUAUGUACUUAUAUUUCCAGGAGUACCCUGUGGUUUUUUUGUGUACCUGUAUCGCUGAGGUCAUUUUAUUAUGUAUUUUACUGGACUGAGUGAGCGGUCAUUGGAAUCCAUUCUAAUUGUUGUACAUGGAUUUCCAGCUGCACAAAAAUAUAUAUACUUGUGAUUGGCAAAGUGGCACUAAAGAAGCUUUUUUGCCUUUUGUACAGGUGAGAUUUUGUACAUAGUGUUUGCUGCAAGGCCUGUGGAAUUCAUUGAAUAUAGAGGUAUCAACUGCUGCAUGUUCAGGCAUACUAUUAAAAUGUUAGUCUAUGAAAGAAUAAUUAUAAUAAUGUCCAUGUGCAAUACUCUUGUAUGUGUAUUGGUUCAAGUUACUGUCAGAGAGAUGAGGUUUUUGUUAUAAAAAGAUGUAGACAUAUAUUAAGCUAUACUAAAUCUCUUGUAUAGUUCUCUUCGACUCUAUUAUGCUAUGAUAGAGGUGGGAAAGAGAGAGGAAUGUUCCARGUUGUGGUGGACAAAGUGCGAGCCCUUGGCUUUAGGCGAAAAUCUUGGUCUCAAGCAGAUGAGUUAGUUUGUGUCAGUUUUUGUGUCUGGCUGCUCCUAGCCUUCGUUACUGAUGACAACAUUCAGUUCCAUUUUGUUUUGUUUUUAAAACUCAGGUGUAAUUAUUAUAUAUAUUCUUAUGAUUAUUUCAAAAUAUUAAAUAUUAUGAUAUAUCAAUUAAUGUGUUGUCUGGCCUACAGGUGUGAUAAUGGAUCAAGCCUUUAGUUUAAUUUAAUUUAUCUUCAGUAAUCUUUUGUACUGGGAAAGACUAGCUUCUGGGGCUGAGUACCAGCACMGAAACAUCUUAAUGAUUGCAUCAUCUCAGCAUUUAAAUUUCUUUCUCUUUUAGAAGUAUAUUGUAGAACUGCCCAUCAGUUUGUGUGUCACUACUGGCUCUGUUCAUUUCUCAUCACAGUUUAGCUUUUGCCACCCAGGCAAGGACUGAUCACAAAGCUAAAGCCUCUUUUCCGUAGGUGAGUAGACCGGCUAGGAAGACGAGUGGUUGGAUAGUGCGCUGCUCUUUGCUUAUCUCGAGGCCUUUGUAUGAAAACUGGGAGCAUUUAUUCUGAAGGAAUAAAAGCAUCCCGUUAAGCUUCUCUAAGYGAGCUCUCUAGUCUAUGUUCCCAUUUGUAAGAUGAAGCUAAUCGGUGAAUUUGUGUCUCAAGCGGCCUCGGCACCUGCGUUGUUUGCUGGGAUGCUAAAGGAAAAGUCAAGGAGAUAAAAACUUUUGCAUGGGCAGAUAUUUCUUCAAUAUAAAUAGUUAGCUCCUCCACAUUGGGUUUACAUCAGAAGGUUUGUCUGUUACCUUGAGCAUUUUUUAAAGAUAACUCUUAAAAAUGGACAUUCUGUUACAUUUCUGCCUGUUCUGUAAAAUCUUUCUC